GAGGGCUAUGUCGACGAGGGCUAUUUCGACGAGGAAGAUGGAGAAUAUGAGGAAGAAGAUGACUUCACAUAUAUUAAAAGGGAGACCAGGCACGAAAGGCCGUCUCGCAGUUCGAGGAAACGCCGUAGGGCGGCGGCUGCUGGAGACGGAGUCACCCUCGACGACGAAGACGCCGGUGCAGUGGAAGGAGGAAAGCUCGACGCUGCCAUUAGGUCGGAGAUGAAGGGUCUCUCCCCCCACAUGCGGCCCUACUAUCAUCCCCACAGUCGCAUGUCAGGACUGCCAUACAAGAAAAAAGUAACCUCAAGCCUCAAAGUCUGCGUCAGCAUGAAAGCGCUAGUACAGCACUUCCUCGCCGUCUUCCCCCCCGACCACUUCUUCGAAGCCCUCACCUUCUUGCACCACUACGUCGACAUUAUCCGCAGCAGCGCGCUCGGGCAAUGCUACAUGGAGGGGAUCUACUCUCAUUUCCGCGCGCGCGCCAAGCUCUUCCUCGACUGGGAAUCGGACCCCGAGCGCGAAGUUGAGAGUCCGUAUACCAAGGCGCGCCUCGUGGAUUUCAUGGAGAUGUUCCUGGUUGUGCCGGAUUAUGAGCAGCUCGAGCGAGACGACUUCUACGAGCUCACGAGCAAGAGAAUCAAUAAUCGCCCUGGUAAACCGGUGGAGGCUCAUAGUCUCGUAAGGGGGACUGAUUUCUCCCUCAGUCGCGCGGUGCCGCCGCCGUCGAAACGGCAGGGUUUAGGUCAGAGAUCUAGGUCUGCGCGUGGUCAGCUGUUUGUGCGUCAGUCUGAAUGGGCGUCUCUUUUUUUGUCGCUAGGUAGGCUGCCUGGACGGGUUUGGGGGGGGGGGGGGUUCAGCUAUGAUAUGGAGCUACAAUUGGCUUUCGGGAGUUGGGAAGGAAAUGCAGAAGUGGGCAGCGGUUUGCUUGUUUAGUCGUGGAUUUUGGUCAGUGUCUCCUUAGCUAGGCAUUUUUUGGAGGUGGCCAUCGUCGUCAGAUUGCUGCUGGUCUGGGUAUCGGGGGGGUUGGCGGUUUGCUGUCGGGUUUGAGGGCCUACGGAUCGCAAAUGGGCAUAGGCUUAGGCUUUGUUCUUAGAACCAGACAAAAUGAAGCUUUGUUCGGGGGCAGGUUUCUUGUGUUCGAUGCUUCUCUCCUCUGUUUCCCUGUUGACUUCGCUGUGUGUUGAUAUGAUUACUUUACCUGCAUGUUGAGACAUCUCAAUUACGGCGGUCAUUUGGAUUUGUGGUACGCCGGUUUGUGACUGCCUGCCGUAAGUGGUCGUGUGUUUAAACCCGUAAACAUAUUACGACAUCCAAACCUAGUAAGCGCCCGUAACCACCCGUAGCAACUAAGUAGAGUUGAGGCAAGUAGUAGAAUAGUAAUAUCACACAAUACCUCUAGAUAUACAAGGUUAUGUGUAGUGUUAUCGUCACCUUCCGGAAGUAGAACGUGUAAGCCAGCUACGGAUGACGUCCGCGACAUUGUGUUAAAAACCAUUGAACUAGGCAAAAGUGGAACGCCCACACUUUCGUAGGUUCAAGUCAGUUUAUAUUUUACAACACAUCCCCUUAGCUUUCUAGACCUAGUAUAGGAAGGUCAUAUGGGACCCCCCUACACUGUCUGUAGUUGUUGUAGCGUAUAGAGCGAGUGGAGUAGCUAUUUUUGUAGCGUUUGCCUCCUAUAGUUGAUCUUAGCUACUAACGCUAUUUGCGUUCCGCUUAUUGUCGCUUAGCUAAGAGUUUUCGGAGUAAGUGAAAGCAGCAUACCUAGGGGUAUACCGUGUCCUAGGUGUAAUGGUGGGUGCACCAGAUGUGAGAAUCUAGCCACCCAAGGAAGGGAUGAUUUUACUAAGACAACACACUGUCUUAGGAAAAAGACCCAAAGGGUCGUAGCUUAGACUAUUCCACAACGCAGCAAUCAGGUGUAUGAUGUAGUGGAGUGGUUUAGACAAGUUGUAACAAAUGUUGAGUCUGAGGUGCACCAGAUAUGAGAAUCUAGC